AUGGGACAAAUCCUCAGCAAUCUACUUCAGAUCUUCUACACGAAAAAGCUGGAUAUUGUGGUAAUUGGACUCGAGAAUAGUGGGAAAACGACGCUGCUUUCGGUACUGGCACAUGGACAAGCCGUCGAGACGGUGCCAACGAUUGGUCUUAAUGUCAAGGUCUUCAAAAAGGGCAAGGUCAACAUGAAGUGUUGGGAUAUUGGUGGUCAAGAACAGUAUCGAUCAGAAUGGUCUAGGUAUACAAAAGGAUGUGACGUUGUGUUGUACGUCGUCGAUGCUGCAGCUCCGCAAAAACUACCGACUGCCAAAAAAGAGCUCCACAAGCUACUGGAUGACGGGUCCAUUGGUGCUACACCCUUGCUUGUAUUGGCAAACAAGAUUGAUCUGCCAGAACACGUAGGUGAAUCGGAAUUGAUCGAAAAGUUGCAAUUGAACUACGUCUUAGAAACGCCUUGGAUGGUUCUGCCCAUUUCGGCCUUACAGUGUACCAAUAUGGAUCAAGUUGUGGAAUGGUUGACGGCACAAGGAAAAUAA